UGUUUUCGUCUAGGACUCGAGGAAGUGAGUUCUACAUUGAAUGUGGUCAGUGGGUUUCAAAUUAUAUGUAAAUCCCCGGGUUUUAACUUUAUAGUAUCGCAUCUUAACAGUUAUCACAUUACAUGUUUAGCUUGUUUCGGAACAAACUGUGUGGCUGACGGUAACUGAUUACUUUAGUCAGUGUUCUCGCAGAGCUAACGUUACCGAGCGUCACUUGACCAGGAUAUUAAACGCAACACAAACCACCAGCUAAACCACCGAUGUUGAUGAAAAAGAGAGGCCAUACGUGUUUGCUAGCGUCCAGUAUGGCUUCGUUAGUUGUGCUUAUGGUGGUGCUGUACGGAUGUGGCACUAUUGGCACCCAGCAGCCCGGCAGCUCCAGCCUCAGACGGGACUACCAGCUGCUGGGCAGACCCCUGUACAAACUGGAACUGAGUUGGCCCAAGAACCCAGAGCUCUUCACCGGGGAGGUGUUCGGAGUGGCUGUCAACCAGUACGCUGGUGUGGUGCAUGUGGCACAGAGAGGUAACAAUGUGCCCAAGGUGCUGGUGUUCACCACAGACGGAGAUUUUCUUAUGUCCUGGAACACGACCACCCUGGAGAUGCCUCAUGGUAUAUUUGUAGCAGACGCUGCCUCGUCAAACCCCACUGUGUGGAUCACAGAUGUGGGGAACGGCCCGUACGGCCACUGCAUCAAACAGUACUCCCCAUCUGGGAAGCUCCUGCAGGUUCUUGGUACGCCAGGGAAGGCAGGCUCUGGGGUGAACCCUCUGCAGUUCGACCAGCCGGCGGAGAUCUUCGUCCACGACUCUGGAGAGAUGUACAUCGUGGACGGUGACGGGGGGAUGAACAACCGCCUCAUCAAGCUGUCCAAAGAACAGGAGGUGUUGUGGAUGCACGGAGAGAAAGGACAGGGCCUGGCUCAGUUCUACAUCCCCCACAGCGUGACUGUGGACAACGCCCACAGGGUGUGGGUGGCCGACAGAGGGAACAAGAGGAUCCAGGUCUUUAACUCCAUUACUGGGGACUGGCUGGGGACAUGGGGGAGCUGCUUCACUGAGGAUGCGCCCUACUCCGUCCGCCUGACACCGGACAAGAUGUACUUUGUUGUUGUCCAGCUCAACACCAACCAGAUUUCGCUGCUGGAUGCCCCACGGGUGGGUUUGAUUGGCCAGUGCAGUGUGGUCAGUGUGAUCCAGCUGGCUGAAGAAGUGAAGCCCCACCUGGUAGACCUGGACCUAAAGACAGGGGCCCUGUACGUGGCUGAGAUUGGAGCUCAGCAGGCCCAGAAGUUUACCCCCUUCAGUCUGGGUAAGAGCUUCCCAUAGUGCCACACUUUGAAAUGGCAUGACCCAUCAGAAACUAACUGCGCCUAUAAUAAGCGUUACCAAUUAUUAGAAACCGGACCAAAAAUGUCCAUGUGUUCUGUAAUUUGCAAUCAUGUGAUCCAGAAAAAAAUGAUAUCUUUGUCAGUAUGAUGAACCCUACUUAUAUUGUGAGAUCCAAUAUCUGAGGUCAAGAUGUCUACGAUAUCCCACGACAACCCUGUCUCAUAGAAAUUAAAUUUUUAUAGUAAGAGAUUGCAACAGUAUUUGGGUUUUGAAAGAAACUUGCCUCAAUGGAGCGCGACCACAUAAGGCUUGUCUCAUGUGGAUGCAGAUUACUUAAAGUUCCUCAUGGAGGCAACAGAAACUACGCACUUUAGCUUUAAUCAACAUGAGCCCAGAGUCCAACAUGUAAAUGUGCCAGAUUUAGCCAUGCAGGCUAAUUUUCAUCUGCAGUCCCUAGCAGGUUGAUGGCUUAAAACAUGAGAUAAGCCACAACAAUACAACCCAUAAGCAUAAAACAAGAACACAUAGGCAUAGACCCAAAAAGACACAACCAUGGUUGAUAGCAUAUAUUAAGUGAAAAUACUAGCGUCAUAUUUGUAACAAAGCCACUUCUGCUAUUACAAAAUAAUAUGCAGUUGAAUUUAUUUUCUUCACAAUACAUAAGGGUAUCAUGUUGUUGGUUAUUUGUUGUCGAUAAACCAUAAUCAGUAAUUGCCAUCAAAAGUGAACAUAUUGUUGUUGUUAUUUCCUGUUUGUGAAAUGAUGAGCCAUUUGUAUUUUUUCUUGACUUUGGACUGCUUGAAAAGACGAGAGUUUCUCUGAGGCAGAGCUGUUUCCUUUCUUCUAUCUAGAAACUACAGUUUUUCUCAAUCCCUUUGGCACAAUCAUCGAAUGACUAUUAAACUAUAUAUGACUAUUUAUAUGAACAUUAGGUCACUUGUUCACAUGACUAUAGUCAUUUGUAAUUGCUUUGGCACAAAAUGCAUUGAGUAAGCCUCGCAGGUCAAAAUAGUUUGCAUUCAUUUACCAUUGAUAUUAUUCUCAAAUGCAGUUAUACAUAUGUUUAUUGUGUAAAUCCCUACAUGCAAAAUAGAGCAACCAACAAUCACAAUAACCUGUCACACAUACAUAUUAGAUACAUAAUAGGUAUGUGGUUUAGUUGUAAAAGAUUUCAGAUGAAUAGACUUAGACUAUAUAGGGAACUAUACAAUUUCCUCACAAUUUAGAGCAACCAAACGCUGACAGUUGAGGUAUAUGAAAAUCCUGGAGCUUUUUUAGUGGGUAUACUGUGUAUACCUGCGUAUCACGUAGACUACACCACUGAGGAUAUUAGGUGUGACGUCGAUAAAAUAGAGUAAUCACCUUUUGCAGGUCACAUAGAGUGAUACUGCUGGAUGUACCAAGUGGUGUGAGGGUUGUACUUAGAGUUUUGAAAAGUUUGUUUUGGUAAAUGUGCCAAAUCGAUUAAGAAAAACUGUAAACUCUUUUGUGCUUUUUGCAGGUUCAGCCUUUUGCCAGCAUAUGGCUGUUUUUAAAGACAUUCCUAUGACCUAUGACAUGUAUAAAUGUGUAAAAGGCUAGAACUUAAUUGUCUAGCGCACAGUUUGAUCUGAGUUGUCUAUAAAUAUCAUUGAAGCACUUCACAAUGCAGUAAAUAAAUAAUGUGUAUGAUUGAGUAAUUCUUUAUAAAAAAAGAUUUUGCCAUUGUAGGUGUAUAGUUAAUCUGGAUGUAUUAUGUGACUGUUUUGCAGUAGAUCACCGGUAUUUUGAUAUUGUCAUUCCGGUGAGAAACAUAUAGUGAUAGCAUCUUUGCUUUUUCAGUGACUCUGUGUUGCCCCUGUCAGUCACUGUACAGGUUGUGUGGAAACUUGAAUAAUUUGUGAUUUACCUGAUUCAGUGAGGGAGGAAGUGAUACUUGCUGUUGGUUCAACAGUCCUUCAGAGAGUGCUAUAAAACAGGGACCUCCCACUGUAUAGAAUUGUAGUGCGUUGCACUUAUUCUCUUUGCAUUUCUGCUGUCAUUUAGUUUUGAUGACCUAACUUACAGUUCACAUAUCCACACUUACAGUAUUUAACAAGAGGAGCCAGUAGCGGGCAGAUGAUUGCACCUUUACCAAAAUCCAAAAACCUGAAAAAAUCUUUCAUUUACAGAGCAAGUUGUUUGUGGAAUAAUAUCCCAAGUAACAUUCGUUUUAUCACAGGAAAGGUACAUUUUGAAAAAAAAGUCAAAUCUUACUUAAAUUAUUUAUCAUGAGAUUUCUUAUUAUGUGGUUAAAAAUAUUAGAUUUUCUUCUUUGUCUAUGUGAGCUACCUUAAUGUUAGCUAUUUUUUAGCUUUGUUUUCAAGAUAUUUCUCUAUUUGCUUGGUUUGUUAUUGUUUUUAUUUAAUUUUUAUUUUGGUUGCUUUUUUGUUAUUUAGUUCUGUAUGCAGAUAUUGUUGUAUUUGUGUUCUUUUCUUUUCUGUACAUGUCAGGAAAUUAUUUUAAUGUUGUUUUGGACCCCCAGGAAGCCUAGCGGGUCGUCUAGGCGUCAGCUAAUAGGGAUCCUUAUAAUAAAUACAAAUACAAAUGAGCUUUAUGUAAUCAUGUUUUCAGGCCCUGGUUUGCUGGUAAUUCCAGAAUGUAAAUCUAUGUGGUUCCAUCUAAUUUUACACAUUAAAUUCAGUUUAAUCAUCUUGAUGAGUACUACUCUGCCUGCGAAGACAGUUGUAUAAUAUUCUGUGGCUCUGGGGGAGCUUUGUUACAUCUGAAAAAAAUGUAUCUCAGUUUGGGCUUGGCGACUACAAAUAGUUAACAGAAAACCUGCGUUACUAACAGUGUAUGGAUUAUGAACAGAUGUGGGCAUUUGCCAGGCAGGGAUGGUCUGACGAAGAUGCCAUUGCAUGUAGAAUUCUGCCAUUUUGGAGUUUGACACAUUCGAGACAAAGAGUCAGGAUAUCUCCCCAACUUUAUGGAGGUGCAAUACUGCCAAAUCUGAAGUCACUUUAUUAAGUUGUAAUCUCGAGAUAGCGCCCUUGAAUUGUUAUCUACAGCAUUCUGAAAUGUGCCCAUGAUGCAUUUGUAUGUCCUGAUAUACUUUAAGGAACAGUGUUCUGUGCUGAAGGUGAUGUAUGAGUUUUAAUGAUGAAUGUCUAAAGGAAGUAUAAAUAACCUGUUUGGUUCAUUUGGUUUUAUUGUCAUCAUUUUCCAUGUGUAAAUCUUUUGGCAUACAGUACUUUGCAUUGUAUUCAUUGGUGUUGGAAAAUGCAUGUUAAGCUUUUCCCCAAUAAAAACAACACAGAGAGUUGGCCUGUACUGUGGGUUUGAGGAGUGUU